AUGUUCUACAAGCUUAUCGGUCUCGCUACAUUCGCUCACCGAAUCGUCAUAUACAAAAAGAGAACGUCAUACACAUUUCAACAUUCCAAAUUAGGAAUCGUUUACAAUGUUGUGCUGAGUAGCUUAAUGAUAGCCGCGAACUAUAUGUUUAUACAAUUCAAACUUAAUUUGAGUUACGGGAUCAAGACGAAUUUUACUGUAGGCUUCUCGGUUCUACAAACUGUACUUGGUGCACUAGUGAUCUGCGUGAUUUUGAUUAGCUACUGUAUCAAUCAGAAGUCUUUGGUGCGGAUCGCCAAUCGAUUAAUCAUCAUCGAGCAUGAGAUAGAUCGUAUGUAUGAUCUAUAUUAUCCGCUACGACGACAGCGUGUCUUUUACACUAUGAUAAUCGCUUGCAUCUUGAACAUUUGUCUGCUGACACUCCUCCUGUUUCUUGAUAUCUUCCAAAUGGGUAAAAUCUUAUGGGCGAUAGAAGAUGUGCUGACAAUUUUCGUGAAUUGGCUACUGAUACAGUACUUCUUGUUGGUGACGGUCAUUCAGACAGAUUUCAGUGAUGUGAAUCGAGUAAUACAAAGCCUCAUCAGAACCAAUACACCUGAUCUUCGAUUGCAGUCUCCCUAUCAAACGCGUCGUGUCGUAGUCAACAGUUCGACCGUUUAUCAAUUGUUACAACUGCGAGAUGUGCAUUGUCAUCUCUGUGAAAUCUCUGAAGAUGUGUCGAGUUUCUAUUCACUACCAGUACUAUUCGGUAUCGUUUUUUUCUUACUGACACUCAUAUAUGAUGGUUCCAAUCUUCUUUUGCCUCUGUUGAUUUCUGUUGAGAUCUUCAAUUAUUGGAAGUUUAUUAUCACCAUCAUCUGGAUGAUAUUUCUGAUUUAUCCCAUCUUUCUUCUCACCAAUAGAAUUACAAGGAUAUUAAUUGAGGUAGGAUAA